ACAACAGGUUGUCUCCCUUAGAAGAACGGCGCAAAAUAUGAAAACAUUAGUUACCGACCGUAAAUACUGGGUCUUAAAACACUGAGAGCAAUUCAAGAAGUUUGUAUAUACCAUUUGAAGAAGAAGCAGUUCUACAGGAUAAGACUGCUUCAGUAUGGAUUCGACUACACUCAUUGAUUUGGCUCAUCAUUUUGACACCAAGCUAUCAAACCUGCACACAGCAUAUGACCUGACUGAGGCUAAGCAUGACCCAUCCUGCCAAAAGUUGCUGGUGUCUGGGAAGGAGCUAGAAGGUUUGCAAUGUAUCCUGUCACAGAUGAAAGCUGAGCUGCAGAAAGGGAAGGAAGCAGUCUCAAAGGCACAGGAAUUGAAAAUAACAUACCAAGAUGUGAUAGAGGAUUUGAAGUAUACCAUACAGCACCUGCCGACUCGACUCCCCAACAAACCUGUACCAGGCCAACACAUUGAUUUGCAUUGUAAGCCUGACAAGAAUGGGACAACAUCUUCCAUCAAACACAAGGCUGUAGAGGUGUUGAGGCCGGUGAAGGAGGUGAUAUACUGUCCCCCUAUAGAAUACCUCACUGUGGAUGAGUUUGACACUGUGCCCAAGUACAUGAAGGGCCGACUCACAUACAACCAACUGAAUGGUGUAAUUGAUGACUUGAAUAAAACUUUCCUGGCUAAAUACAAGAUUCUCAAGAUGAAGAGAACCAAACUGUCAGAUGUCAACAGGAAAAGAUACGAGACUUUCAAAUUGCAGGAAUCCAAAGAUUGUAAAGAUACGUUUUUCGUGGUGGAGGGAGACAUGAAGGAGUUCGCCAAGAUGAAGAUGGAUGCGACAUCUCGAUCCAUGUUGACAGUGUUACGUCACUGUGGACGAAUGAGGGAAAUACGUGGUGGGGGAAUCACGCGCUUUGCCAUGGUGGAGAUGUAUUAGUCAGACGUGACUUUAUGGGACACACUUCAUCAGUCUCAUGAUAAUUUACAGCAAAUAAUCUCUUUAUAUGUAUCACUGCUGUCUUGAGAAAAUCACUGGAAACCUUAUGAACAGUCAAUGACAAUGGAGAUUCACCAGAAGAAGUGUGUUCAUUGGUGUUGAUAGGUGAUGUUGACAAUGACUCCUAACUGAUGCUGGGAUGUGCGGAAGUGUCCACUAAAUCUUCCAACCCGACACCUUGAAGCUGGGCUAGCUCUGUGGUUCAUGUGCCCAUUCAUCACAACUGAGACCUGGGUUUGCUAUUCGACAUUGGUACAUAGUGUCAUACCCAUUCAGGUGUCCCCUACUGUGCUGUGACAUUGCUAAAAGCAGCAUAAAACCACACUCACUCA